UGUUAACCAAUCACACCCCACCAUUCCAUUUCUCUCUUCUCUCUCUUCUCGUUAUCCGGCUAACAAAGCUUGCUUAGCGCCUCCCUUCACGCGCACUAGGGGUGGUGAUUGGCGAGCUUAGUGUUGUUGGCAAGGAGUUUGGCACACCACACUCCCCAUAGCCUUGGGAUUAAUGAAUGUAAGACUCCAGGUGAAAGUAAAAAAAUAGCUAAAAACGGAUGCUGGCAAUAAGGUGACAUAUAGGUUAGGAGAUUCUGGAUUAGGAAAUAAGCUCCAAAAUUUGCACUUUUAUCAAAUCUAAACCAGUUUUUAUCGACGAAUCUACGUCAGUACGUCCGAAACCAAACCCAGGCUCGAACCCAACCCAACCCAACGAAAAGGAGCCUUCUCGAUUGUCACCAAACGAAGAAUGCAAAACAUGUUUCCUCGGACCUCUCUGUCUCUCACUCUCUGCGACUUGCCGGCUCCCCGCCUCCAUUCCUGCUGACGCCCUGCUACGCCUAUGAUCGACCUGAUAAAGCAAAACCACAUAUUCAACUCACCGAUUUCCGUCUCAGCGCCACCUUCUGAAUCUUACUCUUGACUCUAUGUCAAUCAAACUCUUUCGCCGCCAUAUUUCCAAUUUCAUACAUAGCACAUCCCUUCUCCACCAUAUCUGGGAUCCAAUAAACAAAAACCAUUGUCUGGACAUAAGAUAUAUAAAUCCAAAUGCCAAUCUACUUACUCGUUCUCUUACAUCCUUCCCAUUGGCAAAACAGAUAACCCAAAAAUCAAUAUAUGUUCUUGAUAGUAUUCUUCCAUUAAAGUCAAAUGUUCGAUCAGCAAGCAAUUCAGCAGUCGAGAUGACAAUGAAUAAAGAUGUUGUCAGGUUUUGUAUAAGUAAACAGGCUGAAAGAUCUUCUAAUGGUUUAAACCAAAGAGAAACAAAACAAAAACGCAUCAAAAUGUCGAAAAAGGCCAAACUCAAUGAACUGAGAUUUUAUCGCUUGAAAGCAAAGAAAAAAAUGAGAUCCCCAAAUCCAGAAAUCAGGAUCCUAUACAGGCUUGGAAAGGCGAAAAGAAAGGAGGAAUGGUUGAUUGAGAAAUUAAGGAAAUUUGAUGUGAGAAAAGCUGCAGCUGAAGUAUAUGACCCUGAAAUUUUAACAGAGGAAGAGAAGUUUUAUUUAAAAAGAACAGGUGAGAAGAAGAAACAUUAUGUUCCAGUUGGGAGACGAGGUGUAUUUGGAGGAGUUGUUCUUAAUAUGCAUCUUCAUUGGAAGAAUCAUGAAACUGUUAAGGUUAUUUGUAAGCCUUGUAAGCCUGGACAAAUUCAAGAAUAUGCUGAUGAGCUUACUAGAUUAAGUAAAGGGAUUGUGAUCGAUAUAAAACCUAAUAAUGUUAUUAUAUUCUUUCGUGGAAAAAAUUAUGUGCAACCAGAGAUUAUGUCGCCUCCUGACACCCUUUCGAAAGCAAAGGCUUUGGAAAAAUACAAGUAUGAACAGUCUCUUGAGCAUACAAGUGAGUUCAUUGAGAAACUGGAGAAUGAGCUUGAAGAGUACUAUAAGCAUAAAGCACGAUUCUCUAAAGAGAAGGGAAGUUCACCAAAGGAUUAAGUCGCUGAUGUUACAUGGUUCAUUAUGGAGAAUGGAUACAGUUUUUGCAUGCUUGGAUAGGAUGUAGGGUCAAAAAUAUUGUUAUCAAUGUAACUAUAAACUAUUGGUAAAACUAGGACAAAUCAGAACAAAAUUGUUAAAUAAAGUAAGUUUGGUUAUAUUGCCCUGGAGAGUUAUCACCUAUAACAUUGUUUAAAAUGUUAUUUUAGCAAAAAAGUACACAUAGAC